AUGGCUUCUAGAUCUACGAAAUGGCGUAACAGACAGCGUGUUCAGGAUCUUUUCAAUAGAACACCGUUUCUAAUUGAUGCACCAGCAUUUUCGAACGAUCAUGAAUCAAGUCAUUCUUUUAACCAAGAUAACAAUUCGUCAAGUGGAAUACAAUUGAACACAAAUGAUAAUUCCAGCAAUACUACUGAUGAAAAACCGUCUUCGUCUCCAUCAAUUAACCUUCAAGAUUUUCUAAAUUCUCUUGGAGUUAACACAGAUACUGAUAAACUUCAUGACAUCCAGGCUGAUCCGAAUGCUGAAGAAGAAACGAAUACGGAAGAAGAGGACUUUCUCGAUUUAUCUUCUGAGGCGUCAGUCUAUGAAGUUGCCGCCGUCCUGAUUGUACUGAAAACUAGACAUAAAUUGUCGAAUCGUUGCUUGGACCACUUUUGCCAAUUAAUGCGAUUGUUAAAGGUUCAAAACGUACCCAAAAAUUCAUCACAUAUCAAGUGUAUCCUAUCACCAACGUUAACAACUGAUGCGACAUCACCUGCUUAUUUUUGUGCAAAAUGUAAUAAGCUAUCGGCGAAAGAAACAAAUUGUACGAAUGUUGAAUGCAAUGAAAAUAAAGGAUUCACUACAAAACCACCUGUUUUUGUUCGUUUGCCUUUAAAAACUCAAAUACAAGAUGUAUUAUCACGAUUUCCUGCACUUUAUUUUCAACAACAGUCCAGUUCCAAUAUAUCUGACUCCUCUAAUAUUACCGAAGGAUUAUUUUACAAGAAGAUUGUAGAACAAGAAGGUGAUGGUUUUAUUUCGUUGGUGAUGAAUGUAGACGGUAUUGAAAUUUCAAAAAGUUCGAAAUGUUCUUUAUGGGUUAUUACUUUCGUUAUAAAUGAAUUAAAGAAACGAGACAGAUUUCGAAUGCAAAAUGUUCUCGUUGGCGGUAUUGGAGCCGGUGUAUCAAAGCCAUCACGACAAGAAAUGGCUGCAUAUUUACAGCCAAUUAUCAAUGAAUUGUUACUUUUGGAGAAUGAAAAUCGUUAUACAAUGGGGGAUGGAACGCAUUCGUUUCUUAAAAUAUUUUUAAUCGCUGGAUCUCUGGACAAGCCUGCACAAGCUCUUGUGCAAAAUCUUACGGAAAUAAAUGGAGCGUAUGGCUGCGGUAAAUGCUUGAUCAAAGAUACAAUUAAGAUUGAUUUCUUCACCUUUUCAGGCAUUACAGUACCAAUUAAGCCAGGAUCUACACAUAAACUUCGUGUAUUUCCAGUUCGAAAACAAGAUGUUCAACCGAAGCUACGAAACAAUUUCUCUUAUGAUGUUAAAAUGGCUAUACCUGAAAGCUUUCGUCCCAAAGAGAAAACAGCUCGUCGUGAUUACAUGUGUGGUUAUCUGGGCGAAUGUCAUCUACGAGAUUUACGCUUUUUUGAUGUUGGUCGUUGUUUCGUAUUCGAUACUCUUCAUAAUCUAUACAGAGGGUCAUUUAGCAGGCUGCUUGAUUUAUGGUUUGACCCAGAACAUCGUCAUCAACCGUGGUCGUUAAGAUCAAAAAUUGAACUGAUCGAUAUCGCUUUAUCAACACAUAAAUUUCCUUCUACAAUGUACCGAACACCUAGGACGAUUCUGAAGUACAAACAAUUCAAGGCAAAUGAAUUAAGAUCUCUUCUUUUAUUUGGAUUCUCAACAUUUUGUAUGUAUUUGCCAAAGAGAUAUGGUCGACAUUUUCUGUUGCUUACCUUUAUUACACAUCUUUGUGAAGCAAAGACUAUUACGCCAGAACAAUUAUUACAAAUCAAAAUGUUGACAACUGAAUUCAUUCAUCAAUUUCCAUUGCUUUAUGGCGAUCGACAAAAUGUUAUGUCAAUACACAUGAUUUUUCAUUUAACAGAAUCAAUUAGAGAUUUUGGUGGUGUUUACAACUAUUCUACUUUCAACUUUGAAAGUUAUCUAGGAACGUUAAGAUCAACUAUCCAUUCAACUCGUCGACAUGCUUUGGAAGUACAAUCUAAUGUUAAACUCUUACGUUCUUCUUGCAUACAUAUUAAUGACAAAUCGUUUAACUUUCAACUAGGUGCUUUCAUCGAUCGUUUUCUUCCGAAUUUACGUACUAGUCGUUCAUCUAAGCUCAAACAAUCUUGUCAAUUGAAGAAUAUUGAUUACGACAAAGGACGAAAUUGUGAUAUACGUAGCAUACUUGGAAGUAGCGUAACACUUUAUAAUAGUCUUAUUUUCAAUAGCAUUCGUUUUACCAUCCUUACACAACGGAGCAAUGGCCAAGAAGAUGAUUCUUGUGUUUUAUACAAAUUGGCGAACAAGAUUCGCGUCGGAUUUAUUAUUUCCAUCAUACGAAAAAAUUCGGAAGAAGAUAACUGUAUUGUACGAAUUCGUGAUGUACCAAUCAACAAAUAUUUGUCAAUUAAUUUAAAUAACACUCGAAUAACUUGUUCCACUGUUAUGUUUGGUAGUGCUGAACAGAACAGUAGUUCGUUUUUUCUGGCUCAGGUGGCACCAGUGACGCGAUCAGAAUUUAGCAGUUUUGACAAUCUUUUAUGGAUUUUCGAUCGUUUCUGUACAAAUACNAAGCUAUCGGCGAAAGAAACAAAUUGUACGAAUGUUGAAUGCAAUGAAAAUAAAGGAUUCACUACAAGACCACCUGUUUUUGUUCGUUUGCCUUUAAAAACUCAAAUACAAGAUGUAUUAUCACGAUUUCCUGCACUUUAUUUUCAACAACAGUCCAGUUCCAAUAUAUCUGACUCCUCUAAUAUUACCGAAGGAUUAUUUUACAAGAAGAUUGUAGAACAGGAAGGUGAUGGUUUUAUUUCGUUGGUGAUGAAUGUAGACGGUAUUGAAAUUUCAAAAAGUUCGAAAUCUUCUUUAUGGGUUAUUACUUUCGUUAUAAAUGAAUUAAAGAAACCAGACAGGUUUCGAAUGCAAAAUGUUCUCGUUGGCGGUAUUGGAGCCGGUGUAUCAAAACCAUCACGACAAGAAAUGGCUGCAUAUUUACAGCCAAUUAUCAAUGAAUUGUUACUUUUGGAGAAUGAAAAUCGUUAUACAAUGGGGGAUGGAACGCAUUCAUUUCUUAAAGUAUUUUUAAUCGCUGGAUCUCUGGACAAACCUGCACAAGCUCUUGUGCAAAAUCUUACGGAAAUAAAUGGAGCGUAUGGCUGCGGUAAAUGCUUGAUCAAAGGCAUUACAGUACCAAUUAAGCCAGGAUAUACACAUAAACUUCGCGUAUUUCCAGUUCGAAAACAAGAUGUUCAACCGAAGCUACGAAACAAUUUCUCUUAUGAUGUUAAAAUGGCUAUACCUGAAAGCUUUCGUCCCAAAGAGAAAACAGCUCGUCGUGAUUACAUGUGUGGUUAUCUGGGCGAAUGUCAUCUACGAGAUUUACGCUUUUUUGAUGUUGGCCGUUGUUUCGUAUUCGAUACUCUUCAUAAUCUAUACAGAGGGUCAUUUAGCAGGCUGCUUGAUUUAUGGUUUGAUCCAGAACAUCGUCAUCAACCGUGGUCGUUAAGAUCAAAAAUUGAACUGAUCGAUAUUGCUUUAUCAACACAUAAAUUUCCUUCUACAAUGUACCGAACGCCUAGGACGAUUCUGAAGUACAAACAAUUCAAGGCAAAUGAAUUAAGAUCUCUUCUUUUAUUUGGAUUCUCAACAUUUUGUAUGUAUCUGCCAAAGAGAUAUGGUCGACAUUUUCUGUUGCUUACCUUUAUUACACAUCUUUGUGAAGCAAAGACUAUUACACCAGAACAAUUAUUACAAAUCAAAAUGUUGACAACCGAAUUCAUUCAUCAAUUUCCAUUGCUUUAUGGCGAUCGACAAAAUGUUAUGUCAAUACACAUGAUUUUUCAUUUAUCAGAAUCAAUUAGAGAUUUUGGUGGUGUUUACAACUAUUCUACUUUCAACUUUGAAAGUUAUCUAGGUGAGCUAAAUGAGUCAGAAAGCAUCGUUGAUCAUUACUUGUGA